AUGCCCCCGAAGAAGGCCGUAGUCGAGAAGAAAACCUUGCUCGGGCGACCAAGCAAUAACUUGAGGAUCGGUAUCGUAGGGGUGCCCAACGUGGGCAAGUCAUCGUUCUUCAACGUACUCUCCAAGACCGACUUGGGUAUUGCCAGAAAUUUCCCUUAUGCAACCAUCAACCCAGAAGAAGCGCGUAUCCCCGUGCCAGACACUCGUUUCGAGUGGCUUUGCGACGUGUACAAGCCCGUCUCCCGCAUUCCCGCGUUCCUCACAUGCAUCGACAUCGCCGGUUUGACAGCCGGUGCAUCGACCGGAGCUGGCCUGGGCAACGCGUUCUUGUCGCAUGUGCGCGCCGUCGACGGUAUCUUCCAAGUCGUGCGCGCGUUCGAUGAUGCGGAGGUCAUUCACGUCGAAGGCGAAGUCAACCCCAUCCGCGACAUGGAGAUUAUUCAGACCGAACUCCGUCUGAAAGAUAUCGAGUGGGUCGAGAAGGCCCUGGACGGGCUUAAGAAGAGCGGCCGUGCGCUCGGUAACACCAGUCUAGCAGACAGGGCAAAGAAAGAAGAAAUUGCCAGUGUGGAGAAAGUCUACAAGGUUUUGACUGAGGAGAACAAGGAUAUCCGCAAAGCAGAGUGGACCAACAAAGAGGUCGAUGUCGUCAACGGACUACAAUUGCUGACGGCGAAGCCUGUCACGUACCUUGUAAACCUCAGUGAGAAGGAUUAUGUCCGAAAGAAGAACAAGUGGUUGCCCAAGAUCAAGGCGUGGAUUGACGAGAACAACCCUGGCGACCCACUGAUUCCGUUCUCUGUAGCCCUUGAGGAGCGUUUGGUGAACCUGCCCGAGGAGGAAGCAGCCGAGGAACAAACAAAAGUUGGCGCACAGAGCGCACUGCCGAAGAUCACUCAAGCUGGAUAUUCAAGUCUUGACCUUAUUCGCUAUUUCACCUGCGGACCGGAUGAAGUCCGAGCGUGGACAAUUCGAAGAGGCACAAAGGCUCCCCAAGCGGCUGGUGUCAUCCACACGGACUUCGAGAACAAGUUUGUGUGUGGUGAGAUCAUGACGUUCGACGACCUGAAGGAGUACGGCAGCGAAGCGGCCGUGAAGGCGGCCGGCAAGCUCAGGCAACAAGGGAAGCCUUACGAAAUGGUGGAUGGAGAUAUCGCAUACUGGAAAGCUGGAGCAUGA